UUCUUAUACCGCCAACAAAAAAGACGUUAUUCCAAGACCCCGUGGUGAGGCCCAGUGAUAACAUCAGCCAGUGUAGUAAUACCAGCAGCAAUGACUCGGCCAUCGUGUACAAGGCCUCAUGUUCAGGAGCCGUGGAUCAGUACAGCAAUCUCUUGUUAAAGAACGAGAAUAAACGAUUGGAGAAGGAGAAUAAAAAACUGACCAAUAGAGUGUUACAGAUGGAGGCGGAGCUUAAACAUUCCAAAGAAAAUCGGCAACAGAAAAGGGAAGAAAAUGGGAAAUUGACAAGUGUUGUAAAGAAAGAACCCUUAGAAGACACCAAAGGAAUAGAUCUGGACUUUUCUAUACCAAAAGUAUCUGCUAGUGUACCACAACAAACAAGUUUUAGGGCUCCCAAAUCAUCUAAAAAAGAACUGCCGACAGAUAACAUCAACUCGGAAGAUCAGUGUGCCACACAGUGAUUGACAAGAUUUUAUUCCGAGGAAGAUCUUCCUUAAUAAAGACAUAAUUCUUAGAGUUUGAAAGCUUUGUGUGUGUGUAAAUAUUUAGCAACAGGAAUAAUUUUUUAUUUUUUUAAAUAUCAGCUGUUUUGGAUGUGUAUUGUGUUUAGUUCAUGGAAGAAGUUUAUUUUGUAUGAGAGUUAUUGUACGGAUAUCUAUAUACAGUGCCUGAAGCUUAACUUUUAACUAUUUUUCUUGGUUUAACAGAAUAUGAUUACGGUGUACAAUUGUGCAUGAUUAAGUAUUUAUUUACUUUUACAUCAAAUACACCCACAUACACAAGAAAGUCUAAUAAAUGU